CGUCGCAUUAAAAAAAGGAACAAUUACAGGAAAAUGAGUUGUGCUACGUCGCUUGGGGCGCAUGUUUUUGUGACAGCUUAUCUACUUUUCGUGGUGGGAUGCGUUGCACAGAAAGUGUACUUUGACUGUGGUGCCAAGGUGGACGUGGUGGACGUCCAAGGCCUCAUUCUGUCCCCUGGCUUUCCCUACAACUACUCCUCUGGGACACACUGUGUUUGGCAGUUUGUUGUGCCUAUUGAUUACCAGCUUAUUCUGGAAAUAUUUGACUUUGAUGUAUUUGAAAGCCAUGACGCUGCACAGUACUCUGCUUUCUCUGAUUUUGAAGAGGAAGAAGCGGACGAAGGGGAGACUUUUACUCCUGACAGCUUAGCGGCAGAUGAAACCUCACCAGAGGAUAAAGCUCCUGUCCUUCAGAGUGCCUCAAAGACUCAGCAGCCCUCCCAAGAAAGUGAGGUCAAGCAAGUUGUGGUCCAGGAACAGUCCACAAAAAUGGAGAUUACCAAAGUCUCAAAUUCUGCCAAAAGAUCUACAGACGCUUCCUCUAGCCUGUCUUCUCCACCAUCUCCCUCUCUCCUCCUCCUACCAGGAGCUGUGCCCCCAGAAGACAAGACUGUCAACUCUGCCUCCUCGUCUCACCUAAGGGAAGAUCUCAACCCUGAUUCUGACCCAAGUACCAAUGUGGAGGAGACGACUCUUGCAUCGCCACACUCUACCGACACUCCAGCCGUGAGCCCAGAAACCCAGCAGUCCGUGCUUGACGCCUGCCCUCAUGAUGUCCUCUACAUCUCAGACCUCAUCACCUUCUCCUCCAGGUUUUGCGGGUCCAAUCGGCCUCCCAGCAGCCAGCUGGUUUUCGGCUCAAGCCAGGAGAUGGUGGAGGUGAUCAUGGAGCUCAUCACUACCACCCACUGGGGGCGCGGUUUUGCUCUUCUCUUCCACUACCACAACUUGACCGAGCCAGGGGGAAGCCGACGGGCCAUGGCUCCCACAGCCAGCAAGGUAGACUCUCUGCUGGCUGCGGUGAGCGGAGCUGCCUUCUUCGCUUUGAUACUCACAAGUGCCCUCUGCAUCAUUUUCAGACCCAAACUGUGUCCAAAAAGAGCCAGCUCCUGCGCAUCCAGCAACUCUGAGGUGCCAGAGGGAGUCCAGAACACCAGGGCCGAGGUCAGCGAGCUGCAGCUGAUGGCGGAGAAUCAAGCCAACCUGGAGACGACCACGGAGCAGGACAAUAACAACGACAGCCCGCCACACACAGUCAGUGCUGGUGGUGAUGUCUCUCAGAAUGCAGAGGUGGACCUGUCCUGCAGCGGUUUGACUGAACUUGACCUUGGUGCAGAUGAGGUUUUCAUUGUAUCAUCAGCUCCUAGCCCAACCAGGUUACCUUUCUCACCUCACACACAGCGGGAGAGGUUUCUGCGACACAGUGACACUGGUCCUGGCCCUGCAGGUGAUUGGCCCUCGCCAGACUCCACCAACUCGCCUGCUGGUGCCAGGUCCGUCAAGGACGGCAGCAGUGGCUGUGCCAGACCAAGAGCGUGGAGCGUACGCACCUUCCAGGACUUCCUCCCUCCAUUACCACAGCUUCAUAAGAAGUGGUGCAGCUGGAACUCCACCAGUCCCUUUACCAAGCUGGUGGACAGCGCUCCAUCCAGUUUGGCGACUGACUGCAGAGCUGGCGACAGCAGGAAGGUCUUCUCUGAUGUUCACCUCGAGGCCAGUCCAGACACCAGCGUCAUCUCCGACUCUUCCAUCAGCAAUGCCUCCUACCCACUAACGCAGUCUGCACAAAGGCAGCGGCGUCUCAACUCCACCAGCAACCUGCGACGCACACGCUUCACAGGGCCUUGCUUUGGCCUGCUGUCUGGGACAACAGACCCAGUGAAGGCCUCUGGGGUUCUUCAUGCUUUGGGCUCCCCCUCAGAGCCCAGCUCUGGCUCUCCUAUGUCCUCUCAGUGUCAGAUUGAGAGUAACCAGGCUGGAAAGAGGCGCGAUUUCCCAGGCGAGGGCGAUCAUAUCAGCGUGCCCGUGUUUGCCAUCUCUGAAGAGGAGGACCGGCAGCCUCUGGUCUCUGCUGAGCACCUGGACCAGACCGCUGCCUCUGCCGUGAUGAAUGGACUGGUUAGGGGGACAUAUGAGGGGAAGAAGCCUGCUGUAGGAAGCACCAGCCUCAGCCCACAGAGGGCCAGACCAGAGUGGAGGCCAUGGGGGAGCCAGGUGUCUGGAGGGGUUGGUCCUCUCCCUUCCAGCGCCCUCACCGAGUCAAACACAGUCAGUGACAGCCAGCCACCUCUCAGUCUGUCCACAGGGCUGUGCAGUGUGACCAACCAGAUGUGACAAGAUGGUGAAGAGCAGGGACUCUGGUGGGCCAGUUAUGCAUUUUUGAACUCUAUUAGUGUCACUGUGAAAUAUAUAACCUACUUCUUUAAUUUCUGAAAUCAACUCUUACAAAAUGAUUAUGUACUCCGUAGCUUCCUGUUGUCAAAUAUACUCCUCUCACUUUAGUUUUUCUAUUUUUAUAAACUUGUGUUUGAAGAAAGAUAUAAUAUGCUGCUUACUGUACCAUGCCUGCUGUGGUAUUUUGUGUUUAAAAAAAGAUGACCAAUUGCAAAUAUGAACAAAAAGUAUUUUUGAGUGUGUACUCCAUAACUCCUCAACUGUUAGGAGCACUUUUAAAACCAGAUUUAUUAAUUAGUUUGAUGCUAUUCAGAGUUAUAAUACUCCAACCAUUGCACUUUGCUUUCAAUAGCUCUUUCAUUGUGGAUUUCAUACUCCUUGUUCUAGCAUUCUGCUUUUUCCUUUAAUGUGGUUUGUCAUGUGGUAAUUUUAGUACUGGUUAAUAUGUGCUUAUUUCAUAUAUAUUACCCCAAAGUGUUCUGCAGAGCAUAUAUCAUACAUUAUAUCAAUGUUACAACAUACAAUAUCUAAUCCUAAGACUAAUACUGGAUUAUAAAAAGGGAAAUCAAAAUAAAAGCAUAUCAAGUACUAAUAUACACCAUUAUGUAGUAUAUAGAAAGAACUAGCACUUACGGUAGUAUUUAAAAUAAGUUGGUAUAAAUUUAUGUAAAGUUUUAAUAAAGGCAAUGUCAUUCA